AUGGCCUCAAAAAUAUACUCUAUUCAAUCAUAUUAUCAAUUUUAUAAAGCUAUUUUGCCAACCCCAAAUGAGAAUCUUAUAAAUUUGCGACAUAAUGAUGACUCUUCUUCAGUUAUAGAAGAUACAGAUAUAGAUCAAUCCUUGCGAACAACAAAAACGAAUGAUUUAUCUGGUUUAUUAUUUAAUAACAACACUUCUAGAAUGAAUGAAAUCUAUUGGUUGCCACAAUUCCAAAAGCUUGACUUUGUUAACAAAAACCAAGUACAAAGUUCAGAAUAUCAAACUGUUUCCGAAACUAUCAACACCAAAAAUUCAGAUGCAGUUGUCGAAUUGAAUGAUUAUAUAUUCUAUAAAGAAGUAAAAUACACCAUUGAUGAAUUUCUCGAAAAUAUGCAAAAAGAAAUAAAAUUCCUAAAGAAAAAUAAUCGCGAGUUAGACGAUUAUUUGUCUCAUGAACACGAAACUAUAGAUGAAGGUAUUCGUGCUAUACGACGAGGUAUAGAAGAUAUAAAAUAUGGAAGGGACUAUAAUAUUAAUGGUAGUGUCCGUUGGGUUCAUGCAGAUGCUUCUCAUCAAAAUCUUUGUCAAAAUUCAUUUAGUUUUCAAAUUAGAGCCGAAUAUAAUAACUUAGUAAAAA